AUGUCUGCAAAUUAUUCACUACCGCGACUGCAACGGCAGCUUCCUCUUCUCCUCGUAUUUUUUCUCAUCCUCCUGCUGAAUGUGCACACCACACAAGUAGCUGCCAGAGAGGGGAGUUGGCCAGAUCGUCUAGAAGAGGAAAUCCUCCAGAGAGGAGACGAGGAUGACGUGCAAUAUGACCUCGAAGAGGAGGUUGAGGAGGAGGAAGAAGAAGCGGUGGAGGAGCCAGGGCGUGCAACGAAUCCACUCGCGGCUGCCGGCUGGUUUAGACGAGUUCGUGAACGCAUCAGACGAGUUCGUGAACGCAUCGGACGAAUUCUGCGAAGACGCAGAUGCGAAGAAGCACGCUGCCGUCGACCGGCUAGACGUUACCCCAUCUUCACUGUGCCCUUGUAAUUUUCCAUCGACCGAUCUUUUAAUAUCUUACCUUUGUCACUUUGGAACACGCCUUUCCGAAUAAAACGUUCUUCUCGUACGGCAAUCUCCUGUCUUUAGUCAUUUUAUCACACCGCAUGUCUGUGCCUCGGGCCGUAGCUAUCGCCGAAUCAGCAUGGCCAUUUUCAGGUUGUCUGAGAAGCUGUUCGUCAUCUGUCCGCCAUCAUUAGACUUGAUUAUGCAUUUAUCAAUGCCUUCCAUUCAUGAUAUUCCUCUCGACGGUAAUUUCGAAAAGAUGUCAUGCAUCGACGGAAUUCGCAGAGCGCAUCACCGAAUUUUAACCCAGUUGUAGUGCCGAAGGCAUAAACACCGUCAAACCCAUUUUGGGGACGCAAAGCAAUAUUGGUAAUGACGAUGCUAGCGUCCACAGCAUUUGGCUGGACGUGUUACGCUUCUCUGGCAAUCUCAAACCAUUCAGCUGAAUUUUUACUCUCAUUGUGGUCCCAUCCGAGUCUAUUUUUACCUCGAAAAUAUUGGUUCGAUCAGGGCUUAUAUUACAAAUUGUGCUCUGAUUGAUGGCAGAGUAAAAAACUUCAUAAGCUCAGAUGGUUCGAACAAACAUCGUCACUGCAUAUAUUGAUUUCGUUGGCCACGGCUUCGAGUUAAUGACCCUGUCACCUCACUCGGAGAGCGACGAUCUAUUCAUGACGGUUACUGUUCUACAUAUAGCCCUCACUGCCAGCGAAGGACCACGUCUGGCUGCAAUGUUGAUUUAUACAUUUAACUAAGAGCUGCAUCUUAAGUGGUUGGUAAUACCGACGAUAGACUAGAAUUCCCAUUCUAUACGUACAUGUCUUUCAUGGAGCCUCAAGCUGUGAAUACAUCUCUGGCACUACGGCCUUCAAACCAGUUCCCGGGUAGGAAGAGUGGAACCCGGAUGUCAGUUGCAUUCUCUACGCCAUAAGUUUGAAGUAGGUUAGGGGGGCGGACAGAAGACGUCUGACAUCACGGGAGUUAGGCGACAGGGCGCCCUGAGCGAGGGCCUGGGUGCGUCAGUGAUUGGUUGCAGAUGAGCAGUGUCGCAUCAGACGCCCGCAAAAGUGUUUCUAUAUGCGCACAAAAAGGCGACUCUUUCAGGGCAUCUUUGCAGUUUUCAGUUCCCUAAACGCACUUGAGUUUUGGCUGUUGACUGAGGGCAAAACUCAGCCCAGUCAUGGCCUGAUAGUCAAGCAUCUGUGACACCUUCCCACUCCCCCCUCCCCCGCCCUAUUUUAGUGUGCGACUUCCGGGGUUCAGGACCCGCACCUUGACGCUCCAAUCCACACCCCCUGACAGACACAACCAUGGACCAAGAUUUUAACCUAUAGCAACAACACCACAACGGGUCAGAUGGGACGAAGAUUAUUGGACAGCCAUGCUCACAACCUGUGUACCCAGCCGGAGCGCAAGCGCACCCUCAGGCCAGGAACAAUGUGUCGAAGAACUGUCAGCGCAUACUAGGCUGCGAGGACCAUGGUUUCCUGAUCUUGACAAAGCAGACGCUUACGGACCUCUAGGCUAGUGACGUCAUAUACAAGACGAUAGGAAACGAAUUUAUUCGUCUUUACGCGUCUGCAUUGUGUAAAGUCCAGGGUCAUUAAACUGGUAAUGACCGGAAAAAGGCAGUCAUGCAGAACUUGGAACACCAAGCAGACGGCUACGGACGAAAAACUCACUCAACGGGAGAGUAUAAUAGCCGCCAGCCCAAACAACCCCGUGGCGGCCCAUCCACCUGCCACUGGGUUGAUGACUCAUAAAGCACGCAGCACGCCUCCAAACAUCCCCCAUAUGGCCGGGGACGCGAAAAGGGCAAAAAUCGAUCAGGCGAAGUCCGACUGUCUCGGGCAGUCAUUGGCGCUUCGUGCAUUUGGUGUUCUUUUUGGCUACGUGUCCCGAAACGGCAGCAUUUCAAUAAAUGAGUCCUGAUGAACACUUUGUCCGUCCAGAAAUACGGUUAUGCUCAUUGUUUAAGUGUGUGAAUCUUCACACUUUACACGAGACCGAAUAUGCUACAAGCAUGCCCUUCCGUCGUCUGAGGUGUCACUACUGCAUACCUUGCGUGUAGUCCGUCGGUGGGGUAGAACAGACGCCGGUGUUCGAGAUGUCCUGAAGUAUUUUGAAGCACCAAUUUUAUGGGUCACCAGAAUAGUGAAAAUCACAUGUAACCUCAGUCAGCCGAAUCCUCUCACCACAUACUCAACAAUCGCGGAGAGGAUUAUUGUGACAUGACACCUACCAAAAUGGAUUUGGGAAUGGUUGUUUUAGUUUAGGUUGGUUUCCUCCAAAGGAAGACAGAUCGGUUACGGUCAUUGACUGUGCUAGAUUAAUGAGCAAAUUAGAAUUAGAUAAACGGCGCCUCAAACAGUGACAAGAUAACUAUGAUGGUUCACACUGCGCCUAUUUCUGUUUGUUGUACUCACAACAGUGAGAAACUCGUGGUGAAAUCUCCGGUUUUAAUUGCAUGGGCUCAGAAGCUUCUCACCCUUUCCAUCUCCAGAACGAAAAUCAAAACAGUCAUUGAGAUGUUUGGUUGAAGAAGUACCUCUAACCAGCUGGGUCUGUAUGGCCUAUGUGUAGCUCUAUGGGCUAUAUGGACCCAUAUUUAGCGGCAGUGUGUAGGGGAUAUUUCGGGCGACAGACGUAAUGUUCAACGAUGAUAUAAAGUGUCCCGCCAUUUGUACGUUCCCCAGUAAUGAUCUUGUUAGAGACAUUGAGAUUUCAGCUGCCAUAUUGUGCCUACCAGAGGAGAGGAAAGUACCGUUAUGACAGAGGGUAGAUAAGGCACUGAUCCCUGUCAGAUAGUGGGGCAACCGCAUGGUUUAUAGGCCGGGUUAUUUACUUUAGGGAACAAGUUUGUGCCAGAGAGAGAGAGAGAGAGAGAGAGAGAGAGAGAGAGAGAGAGAGAGAGAGAGAGAGUGAUAAAUGGGCUCCGCUGUGGCUGUUGCGUGAGGGUGAGUUUCUUUCACGUAUUUAUCGGACUAAAAAUACGACAGUGUAAUACCUUUUUGACAAUACCAGCAAACGGGCAGUAAAUCCAUUUACUAUUAUCACUAAGUUGUAAAAUAUAGUGACCUCUUUAAAUUGGUGACGAUGGGGAGUAUCAAAAUCUGAGGUGCCACAAAACUCUUAGUUGUCUUGCUCUUUUGCUCAACGCAAAUACUCCCGGGGUAUGUAACCAUACAUCAUUCCCUUGUCGAUAGAUGAUUUGGUCAACAGUCUUCACAACGUACUGGCCCAAAUUAAAGUAUUACCUCGGCUGUCAGAUACGUGGAUGUAUAACACUUGUAAUGGGAAAAUUGAGUAUCUAAUCCCAGAAGAAAAAGGGCAAAUGUCGGGUGCUUGGAAUCAGCAUCAACAAAAAUUACAGGACACAUUGCACCAACCAACGCGUAGAAAUGCGAGGCCUCCCUGAUCGUUUUGCUGAAACAAGUCAGUUCUCUGGAUGGCCCUCGCCAACACACUACCUGAACUCGUUAAUUGGAUGGCCUUGUUGAGAGAAACUUCCCCCCUACGACGAACUCCGCAAGUGCAUCGGCACGUGCAUCGGCGAACACGUGAACCAGUGCACUUGUAAGCCAGUCCAUACCAAAACCGCCAACUCCACAAUAAAUAAUUGCUAUCUCGUGGGUGGACACCAACUGUUUAUUCUACUGCAUACACCAACUGACCAAAAAAUUAUAAAAGCCAGUCUACAUCAAGGAACUGCCUCAUACCAGUGCACAGCGAACAUGUCUGCAAUUCAUUCACUGCUACUACUUCAACGACAGCUUCCUCUUCUCCUCGUGUUCUUCCUCAUCCUCCUGCUGAAUGUCCACACUACGCAAGCAGCUGCCAGGGAGAGGAUUUGGCCAGAUCGCCUAGAAGAGGGAAUCCUCCCGAGAGGAGUCGAGGAUGACGUGCAAUAUGACCUUGAGGAGGAGGAGUGGGAGGAAGAAGUGGAGGAGCCAGGACGCGCAGCGAAUCCACUCACGGCAGCCGGCUGGUGGGGACGAGUUCGUGAACGCAUCAGUAGAGCCCUACGAGGACGCCUACCCGUAGUUAUACGUCGUCGUCCCCCACCACCUAGACCUUAA